CAAGUACUGAUCCCUCGUUCGUGAUGCCAAUGUUGCCCCACCGCCGCGGUCCAGCAAGGGGUGCAGUACAACACACACUGGUUACUGACACACUCUGCAUACCUCACAAUCGAAUCUAAGCAAGUGAGGCACGAGGUCUUGCCUUGGUGGCGUCUAUUACUCCGUCCGUCUGGACUCAUUCCCAAACAUUCCUGAUCGCCAAGCCAUGAAAUUCACGCUACCGGACGACGUAUUUCCACCCGUGAGGCUGUCGAGGAAACACCAAGGAGCGUUAAUUGAAGAAGCCGAGACGGUUGUGAGCGAAACCAUUGCCGCAAACGAAUCUUUUCUGAACCAAGGUGCUCAAUUCCCCGACUUGCAAUGGCGACUCGUUCGCAUCAAGGAGGGUCUGCACGUAUAUCGCCAACGGUCAACGCGGUUAAGUACUCAAGCAGCGAGUCGAAAGCGGCUGGGAACAGAUAUCGAAGAGGAGACGCAGGUGUCUUCGUCGUCCGUGAAUAAGUGCAGUAUUCAAGAUACUAUGAGAAGACCAAGUGUAUCGCUUAUGGUACUGCACGGUACGGUGGAUGGAACCCUUGAUGACUCGAUGUUUGGGGCAUUUGCAGCCACCGACGACGCGUGGAAGUGGCGCAGUUCGCAUGUCAACGAUCGUCUGGAUGACGCCCGUAUCCUAUCGACGGUCAGAGGUCCGACCAAGAAUGACCCAUUUCGCUUUUUGGGUAUUAAAUGGCUCGCCAAGGAACACCCGACUGUGCUAACGGGAAUACUUCAACGUCGAGAUUUCCUCAUUAUGGAGGCAACCGGGCUGACAACUGAUGCUAACGGCGAGAAAAUCGGGUAUUUUCUGAUGCAUUCUGUGGCAAUACGUGGUGUUCCAAAAUUGUCGGAAUUGGGUAUUCUUCGGGGAGAAUUGAGUUUCUGCUUUAUUUUGCGUCAAAAUGGACCUGGCAAAGUGGAACUGUAUUGUCGUGGAUUCAGCGAUCCUCGUGGAGAGAUGAUGGAGCGAGUGUCCGUUGCUAUUGCCUCUGAAGCGCUUAUAUGCGCCGCUGGAGUGGUUGACUAUGCGUACAUCAAGAAACUCAGGUGGUUGAUGAAACACAAAAAUGCCCAAAAUUUGGGUGAUUCAGCACGUGAAACUCGACCAACCCAUUGUGAGUCCUGCAACAAAAAUCUCACCAAAUUUACGCUCCUCCCGCGAACUGGGAAAGGUUCUGCGUGUCAGAUCUGUCAGCGUGUGAUAUGUACGAAAUGUAGUGUCGUUAAGAAGAUGACGGUGGAUGUCUCCGACACUGGGGCUGUCAAGCAGUGCUCGCUUCGGUUCUGCUUGGCCUGUUUGCUUGAAGCCAAGGAGAAAUCGGCCUGGGAAAUAGCACAAAAUUGCUUUGAAGCCACCACACCUGAGGCUGUUGGGACGCCUGGUAGAGUGCAGCACAGAUGCGAUGGUCGAUCUUACUCCGAAUAUCAACGUGUUGGCACUCGCGUUUAUCGACAGGGAGAAAUAGCUACAUAUUUCAGAAUGAAACCGGACUCAAGAGGCUCUGUGAAAAAGGGAAAUUCACGUAUGAACGGCAUGUAUCAGAGUUUUCGCGGUGGUAGGGCUACCCACGUCGAGUCUGAUGCAUGUGAAAGGCACAUGUAUCGAGAUCCGUCACCUUCAUAUGGCCACGUACAUUCGCGGGGGCGCUGUUCAGAAAGACCCAAGCAAAGCGAUAAGAGAUUCCACACGUUGAUUUAGCUGGUGCAAAGAUUAGAAUGCUUAGAAGUUUUACCUUUACGUAUAAAGCUCUUAUCCAUAUUAAAAUAAUGACAUUGAAUUCUCUCAC